AAGAUUACAAAGCAUCUAUAACCGCCCUACAUAAGAGGAAAAGCAAAACCUAUAAGCAAAAAUUAUAAUUACACCCUGAACUAACCAAGUUAAAGCAUCUAAAUGACUAAUAAUCAAAUACCUACACUAAUAUGUUAGGCUCCUACAUCACCCACUGUUUACAUACUGCCCAAGUUGUUAGGCGUGAUGAUCUUGCUUUCAAAUUAAAGGAAAUCAGUGACAGGCUAGAUGAGAUUGCCAAUGAUAGAAGUGAAUUCCGCUUAAUAUCAAGAUCUUUGUUUCAACACAGCAGAUUGGUUGAGAGUACAGCUCUUGCUGGUGGGUCAGCUAUAAUUGGUCGAGAUGAGGUUAAGGGAGACAUUGUAAGCAGUUUGUUGUCUGCGUCUACUGAAGUACUUAAGACAAUUUCUAUUGUUGGCAUGGGUGGGGUGGGAAAGACAGCUAUUGCUCAACUUGUUUACCACGAUGAGGAAGUUAAGCAGCAUUUUGAUAAUAGAAUAUGGGUUUGUGUCUCGGAAGUAUUUGACGAGAAAAAAGUUGCCAAAACAAUAAUUAAAGGAGUUGAGCAUGUUAAAAGAUUUAAAGGAGCAGACUCCCUUGAUUCAUUUCCUCUUUCUGCUCUUCUUGAUAGAAUGUGUAGAUCUAUCCACGGAAAGAAAUUUUUUCUUGUGUUGGAUGAUGUGUGGGCAGAUGACAUGCAACACUGGGAAGGACUGAUCCAGACUUUCAAACAUGGUGCCCCAGGAAGUAGGAUUUUGUUAACCACUCGAAAGGAUACGGUGGCAAAUAUGAUGGAGGACUCUCAUGUCAUUCAUUUGGAACCGUUAUCUGAUGAACAGUGUUGGAUGGUAGUUAGUCGAGAAGCAUUUUCUGGAAGGGGUGUUGAAGAGUGUCGGAAUUUAGAGGAUAUUGGGAAGAGAAUUUCUAACAAGUGUCAAGGCUCGCCUCUUGCUGCAAAGAUUCUAGGAGCCCUUCUAAGAUUUGACAGCGGUAGGAAAGCGUGGGAAAAGAUCUUGAACAGUGAAAUCUGGGAGUUGGAUUUUGUGAGUAAACAGCUUUUUGCUUCUCUACUUUUGAGUUAUAAUGAUUUGCCUUUACCACUGAGAGAAUGCUUCAAGUAUUGUGCUGUUUUCCCAAAAGAUUUUGUAUAUGACGGAGAAACAAUAAUAUACCACUGGAUGGCACUAGGAUAUUUAGGAUUGAACAAUGAUGAAGAUUUAGAAUUAAAAGGAAGAGAGUACAUUAGCUACUUAGCAGCUUGCUCUUUCUUCCAAGAUUUUCUGCUGGAUACUGAUGGUCUAAAAUCAACAUGGAAGAUGUAUGACAUUAUGCAUGACUUUGCACAGUUUUUGAUGAUCAAUGAUGGAAUUGGGAUUGAGGUAAAUCAAGGAGGCAAUUCAACGAUAGAUUUGUCUUUGAGCAGAGCUCGUCAUUUCACAGCAUAUAUACCAGAGGGACAUUGUCGAGCUCGUCAUUUGACAGCAUGUAUACCAGAGGGACAUUGUCUUCCUAGUUCCAUUUAUGGUGCUGAAAAGUUGCGUAGCCUUACGGUCAUUUCUGGAGAGAAUGCAGUAACCAAUGAGACUGCGCGAAAUAUUUUUAAUCAAGCUAAACGGCUAAGGUUGGUGGAUUUUGGUUGCCAUAAUGCAUUAAUGGGUACAAUUCCAAAAGAAAUAGGGAAUUUGAUCCAUUUAAGGCACAUUAACUUGAGUGGAAAUGGUAAAAUUAAAGGAUUGCCUGGAUCUUUGUGUAAAUUAAAUAAUCUUCAAUAUUUGAAUCUAGACAACUGCGAAUCUCUUGGGAAUUUACCAAAUGAGAUAGGGAAUUUGAUCAACUUGAUAUAUCUGCGGACUCUACAUUGCUACAAGUUAGCUUGCUACCCCAAAUCAGCGAGAAGAUUAACAAAUCUGAGGCAACUACGUGGCAUCGUGCUCAGAGCUGAUAGAAAUGACCCUAAUGAAUUCACUCUUGGAGAUUUGGAAAACUUGAACCACCUUCGUGAACUUUCCAUGGUACUGAAAGGAAAUGCAGUAAAUGACAGAGAGCUUAGAAGAGCCAAAUUUGAAAAUAAAACACAUUUAAAGGAAAUCAAGAGAGCACGAGGCAUGAUGACAGUCCAUUAUGAAGUGAAAGCCAGUUCCGUUGGUGAAUAAAAGCGUUGUUCUUGCAGUGAUCUGAAGCUCCUGGAUAGUGUCUAGCUAGGAGUUUGUUGAACUAUGCAAAUUGAAUAUACUCUUGUGGGUAAUUUUAUUUUCUAAGGUACCCCAUACAACUUGUUAUGUGAUGAUUCUGAUUCACUUUUAGUUAAUUCUGUGAACUACUUGAUGUGAUCGAGAACUGGUGUAGUGGUGUUGUUUCAUAUAUUAUGAUAUGAAGUGUGUUAUUUAUAAGCUGUUUCAGAACUGAUUCUGCUUGUUUUUCCUUUAUUCCCCUCUAUUUUUAGAU